CAUACUUGUGAUCAUUUAUUUUAGUUAAUACAAAUGACGAAUUGAUCUACACUUUCAGUGAUCUCUAAAUUAAUUUCUAUAUAAUUUUUAUACGUGCGUAAGAAAGUGAAGCUUUAAUUAUUAGGUGAUCGUGUUAUAAUAAAAAGACUGUCAGUUUGUAUUGCGGCGGUGUAUGGACCUAUUGAAUCCACGGGCGCGAGCUAACUAGAGAAGUGGCUGAGUGAAUUUGCAGUGUACGCGAAAAAUGAAGUUGCUAAUUAUAAUCGCUCUACUCGUGCCAUCCAUAAGUGCCGAUCUAUUUCCGUUAUCCAUAAUUCACAUCAACGACUUUCACGCAAGAUUUGAGGCUACAGACACAACAGGAGGAACCUGCGAUGCUGGUGAGGAGUGUAUUGGAGGUUACGCACGUACCGUCUACACGGUGAAACGUUUACUCGAGGAACAAAAGGACCAAAAUCCGGUUUACUUCAAUGCAGGCGACAGUUUUCAAGGCACCAUUUGGUACAAUAUUGGGCGAUGGAAUGUAACGAGUCAAUUUCUGAACAUGUUGCCCGCAGAUGCGAUGACACUCGGCAACCAUGAGUUUGAUCAUGGCAUUGAAGGCUUGGUGCCAUUCCUUGAUACUAUCAAUACCACCAUGCUGGUGGCAAAUAUGGACGCACGUGAUGAACCAGAUAUCCAAGGAAAAUAUCAGAGUUCCAUGAUAAUCGAGCGUAGUAAUAGAAAAAUCGGUGUCAUAGGAAUUAUUCUCGAGACCACUUAUGAUUUAGCCAACACCAGCAAUUUGAUUUUCCUCAACGAAAGCACUGUUAUACAAGAGGAGGCGAAAAAGCUGAAGGCACAGGGUGCAAAUAUUAUCAUCGCCAUCACACAUUGUGGCUAUGAUGUAGAUAAGCUAAUUGCUGAAAUUGCCGGUGACGAAGUUGACGUUAUAGUGGGCUCACACUCGCAUACUUUCCUCUAUACAGGCGACACACCUCCAGGCCCGGACAGAGCGUAUGGUCCCUACCCAACAGAAGUCAUACACAAAAGUGGACACCGUGUUUUAAUCGUACAAGCAGCAGCUUAUGCUAAAUAUGUUGGCAAUAUAACAGUAUUUUUCGAUGAUGAUGGUAACGUUGUCGAUUACUCAGGUGCACCCAUAUACAUGGGUUCAAAUGUUCCAGAAGACCCUGAAACUGUGGCUGCUAUCGAACCAAUUAAAAUAGAGAUGGACGUAGUCGGUUCUGUGAUUCAGGGCGAAACAAGAGUUGAAUUAAGAAAGUCGACAUGCAGCGCCGGCGAGUGCAAUUUGGGUAAUUUCUUCUGCGACGCAAUGAUACACGCUUUUACUGGCCUAACCCCAUACUCGGAGAGUCCUUGGACAAAUGUUUCAAUUGGCCUUGUAAAUACAGGUGCUUUGCGGGUCCCAAUUUACAGAGGAAAUAUUUCAUACGCUCACUUAGUGACGAUGUCGCCCUUUGAGAAUAGACUCGCUGCAUUUAAUCUACCAGGCCAUAAACUCUUAGAAGCUUUGGAAUUCAGUGUUAACCCAAUUAAUUUGGAAGGUGGAGUCACUAGCUCCUCAAUAUUUCUGCAAGUAGCCGGUCUAAAAAUAACCUACAAUUUUACGAAUGCAGUGGGUCAACGAGUGGUCGAUGUCAAAGUGCGUUGCGCCGAUUGUGAAAUUCCACUCUACGAUGAUUUGGACUCAACGAAAAUUUAUCGCAUCGUGGCCCCAGAUUUCCUUGCAGAAGGAGGAGACGGGUUCACAAUGUUAAGAGAUUAUGGCUCUGACUGGCAAAAAGAGAUGACCGACUUGGAUGCCUUAUUGUCAUAUACAAAUCAAAUAACUCCAAUUUAUACAGGAAAGGAGAAACGUAUAACGGUAUUAUGAAACAUCCGCAAAUCAAUUACACGAAAGGAGUGAUAUAUUAGCAAAUCGUUUUUUUUAAAUGGCUCUAUCACGAGCUCUCAUUUUCUGGUACAUUUUGGAAAAUUGUAUUAAAA